UCUUCGGAAUCCUUCGCGGUUAACCCACCGACCACGCGGAGGACACUCUGGCCAAGAGCUUGGGAUCUAGCUCAAUUCGGGCUGCUUGUUGCUGGUUAGGGCAUGUGGAAGAAGAUACAUAUCAGGGUGGGAGGUGGGCUCGGUUAACGAUAGCGAAUAUCGGGUACGCGUUUAUGGGUGAACACUGUGCGUGGACAAAUUUGAUAUUAUUCUUGUUGGAAUUGUAUUCCGCCAAACUCACUACUGGAGUUGUAUGUCUCAGUAAAAAUGCCUCAACAACAACAACAAGCGUCCGAAUCGGGCGCUUUCGUAUGGCUUUUUUUCGAUUGUUUUUCGGCAAGGUGAUUAGCGCAUCUUUCUCUCCCUGGGAACUCUCCUGUUCCUAGAGAUGGGAGAGGGGGCUGCUCACUGGUGUUGGUCUUUGCGCUGUUGAAUGCACUGAGUAAGUAAUAUUCGAUCUGCUCGGGAAACCAAAAAAAA